CCCUCUAUAAAUAAUACAACCCCGAUCAACAGUCUUCAAUUAGCUCUUAAAUUUACCAUAUUUAUAUUUCCUCUAUACAAAAACAAGAACACCUCAACUUCUUUCAUUUUAUUUUCUUGAUCAGUCCAUCAAAGAAAUCAUCAAAAAAAUCAAGAAAAUAAAAUUUGAGUUACUUACCUGAUAAAAAAAUGCCGAGAAAAGGUAUGAUGAGCCUCUGCUUCAACCCUAAAUCUCCUUCUAUUUCCAUCUCCCCUCGCUCUAACUCACCUUCAAGAUUCUCCGAGGUUUCCGGCAGCACCACACCUCGGCGGAGCUUCACCGACUCGACGACGGAGCAAGUGGUUGAAACAGCGGCCUUAUUGAUCAUGAAAUGGAAUCCCGACAGCUCAACUUACGCCGGAGUCACUUCUUUAUUUUACGAAAAUAAAAAAGAAGCCAUGACGUUCUUGAAAUGUGUCCAUGACCUACAAAAAACCAUGCAUUUGUUAGUCACGCAAGAUUCCAGCGACGGACGUCUGAUUCGAGCUCAGAAUCUCAUGCAGAUCGCUAUGAAGCGGUUACAGAAAGAAUUUUAUCAGAUUCUUUCGACGAAUCGCGCUUAUUUGGAUCCUGAAUCGGUCUCAACUAGAUCCUCGCGGGCUUCUGCGAGAUCCAGCACGUCAGAUUACGAAGAUGACGGUUCACCUGAGGACGAUGUUCGUACUGUAGGUGAUUCCAUCUCCGAAGUUGAGCAGGUUUCUUCUGACGCCAUGGCGGAUUUACGGUCUAUAGCCGAGUGUAUGAUAUCGUCUGGUUACUCUAAAGAAUGCGUCAGUAUAUAUAAAAUCAUUCGGAAAUCGAUUAUUGACGAGGGGAUUUACCGACUCGGAGUUGAGAAAACGACGUCGUAUCAGGUGAAUAAGAUGGACUGGGAUACACUUGAUUUAAAAAUCAAGAACUGGUUGGAAGCGGUUAAGAUUUCCAUGAGGACGCUCUUCACAGGAGAAAGAAUCCUCUGCGAUCACGUCUUCGCUGCGUCCGACUCCAUCAGAGAAUCGUGUUUUACUGAGAUAUCCAGGGACGGAGCUAUCCUCUUGUUUGGCUUCCCUGAACUUGUAGCCAAACACAAGAAAUCUCCACCGGAGAAAAUGUUCCGUGUGCUCGAUAUGUACACUGCGAUCUCAGAAAACUGGAUGGAAAUCGAAUCGAUCUUCUCGUUUGAUUCAAUCUCAACCGUCCGAUCACAAGCUCUUUCCUCACUCGUGAAACUCAGUGAGUUAACUCUACACCUCCUCUCCGAGUUCGAGUCGAGCAUACAGAAAGACUCAUCAAAAACGCCAGUUCCCGGCGCCGAUCUUCAUCCGUUAACCGUCUACGCCGUUAAUUACUUAACGUUCCUCGCCGAUUACACCAAUGUCCUCUCCGAUAUAAUCUCCGACUGGCCUCCACCGGCGACACCGUCCACCUCCCUCCCGAAAUCAUUCUUCGACAGUCCGGAGUCCGACGAUUCGCCGGCGCCGCCGAUAUCAGAACGUUUCGCUAGGUUAACGCUUGUUCUUCUAUGCAAACUCGACGGAAAAGCAAAAAAUUACAAAGAUACCCCUCUCUCUUAUUUAUUCUUAGCCAACAAUCUACAGUAUCUGGUGAGUAAAGCACAGACUUCUAAUCUCCAGUUUUUACUCGGCGAAGAUUGGCUUGCAAAGCACGAAAAUAAAGUUAAACAGUUUGCCGCCAAUUAUGAACGGUUAGCAUGGGGCCGCGUGUUUGAUUCACUACCGGAGAUUCAUCCAACGGUGUUAAUUUCACCGGAGAAAACAAGAGACGGUUUUAAGAAAUUUAACGCCGCCUUUGAAGAGGCGUACCGGAAACAGAGUAGCUGUAUGGUGUCGGAUCCGAAGCUGCGAGAUGAAAUUUUGGUGUCCAUAUCGGGGAAGAUAAUGCCGGUGUACCGGAAAUUUUAUGAACGGCAACGGAGUGUUAUUGAAGGGAAUAGAAAUGUGAGGUUGUUUGUCAGAUAUACCCCUGAUGAGAUCGGAAAUUACUUGUCUGAUUUAUUCUUUGGUGCGUUUGAGUCAGGGAGUUCUCCGUCAUCUUCAGUUUCGUCUGUUACUACGACGUCGUCUUCGUCUCAUAACCGCCGUUCUCGACUAUCUAAUUGACAAUUUCGAUGCUUGUUGUUUAAGUAAUGUGAUAGUUUUACGUAAGGUUUCAAGAAAUUUUUGAACGUAUAUAAGCGGUUGAUUUUUGUAAAUUUGUAUAAAUGAGAUAUUCUAUUUUCUUGAUGUUA